AUUAUAAAAAUAAGAAGGCUUUGUAGUCUGCGCACGGGUGCGUACCCUAUCAGGAAGUGGGUGACAAAUACAGAAGCCUAUCGAUAUUCCUCUUCCACUUGCUCCGCCCUUCAACCGCGCCAUUCAACUAGGGCUCCGCCUACCCUCCCUUAAUCAUGGUCGCUCUUUCGCUUUCAGCUCCCAAUUUCGCCACCGCGUACCUCGCCAAAAAACUGCCACUCCGGGAAAAUACGAAGAGGCUGCCAAAUGUUUCGUUUCGCACGAGAUGCGCGGUCGACUCGCCGUAUGAAGGUAAUGUCCAAAAAUUCCCUCGAGUCAAUGUUUGGGAUCCUUACCGACGACUUGGUGUUGGCCGUGAUGCUUCUGAAGAAGAAAUUUGGGGUUCAAGAAAUUUUCUGUUGCAACAAUAUGCUGGACAUGAGAGGAGUGAAGAAUCAAUAGAAGCUGCCUUUGAAAAAAUAUUGACGGCUAGUUUUCUACAGAGGAAGAAAACAAAAAUUAAUUUGAAAAGCAGGUUGAAAAAGAAAGUAGAGGAGUCUCCACCAUGGGUCAAGAGCUUACUAAACUUUGUUGAACUUCCACCAACUGAAAUUAUCCUCCGAAGAUUGUUUCUUUUUGCCUUCAUGGGUGCUUGGAGCAUUAUGAAUUCUGCUGAAACUGGACCUGCCUUUCAGGUGGCUAUCUCUUUGGCGGCUUGCAUAUAUUUCCUUAACGAAAAGACGAAGAGCUUGUCUAGAGCGUUCAUUAUUGGGUUUGGAGCUCUUGUGGCUGGAUGGGUCGGCGGUUCUGUGCUGGUACCCAGUAUUCCAUCUAUGUUGCUGCGCCCUGAAUGGACACUUGAACUCUUAACAUCAUUAGUAGUUUAUGUCUUCUUGUUCAUUGCUUGUACUUUCCUCAAGUGAAGUGGCAACUAUUUUUCCAUAGUUUCAGUCAGUAUCCUGUACUCUUAAUUGAGUUUAUAGGUGGUCAAACUUACCAUAUCUUGAGUGAGCCAAGAUGUCUACUGCUGUGCUUGCUGCUAACCCAUCCUUGUGACCAACUUACUUUGAUCUUGAUUCAGGUCGAGAUUAAGUUAUCUUGUUUUUGGAUCAAAGGAGGGAAGAUAUUUUAAUUUUUACUAUAUAUGGUUAUUAGGAGGGGAAAUAAUUCUCUCCUUGUUUUGUUAA